AUGGCUGCGACGACCAAACAGCACCGUCGAGCCCGUGCAAAUGUGAACGAGCUCCGCCAGAGCUUCGAGUCUGAGCUCACAGAUGCAGUACCACCGCCACUUGGGUUGGCCGGUCGAUGUGCCCUGGUGUGCCAUGUCUGCUCGCCAAAGAAGGUGCAUCGAGUGACCGCCAUUGUAGGGCGUGUGAUGGUCGGCAUCGCGAUGAUAGCCGUAUUCGAGCUUGGCGAUGCCCCUGUUCACAUGCAUCGAGCAGCACCACAUCGAAGUAUCGUUCGGCGAGAAAGAAGCCCACGAGAUGAUUUGGCGUCCUACCUUGUCGUAGUCGGUAAUCGAAACAAUGCGCUCCUCCACGUUGACGCAGGAAAGCAUUGGCUGGACAUUACCGUCAGCAAUGAAACCGGCUCGAGCUGUGCGGAACUUGCCGUUUGCGCAGCCGCUCAGUCGACCCACCAAGGAUGGGAAGAGUUCAAGAAGCACGAUAGAGCUGAUGAAAGCAGGAAACCGACGGGAAGUCGUCGCUGUCCCACUUUCAGGUGGAGCCAAGACGCCGGUCUGCUCACUAAACUUCUGUACAGCGCUACUGUAUAUUGUAUGCUCGAAGUUCAAUUAGAGCGGAGAGAUGAAUAUGAUGUCGUGAUCGAGGACUCAACUGCGGUAUCGAGAUACGAUCAGGCGACAGCAGCUUUGCAAGCGAAUGUCUGUUGCGAGAGUAGGAAGGAAGACGACCUCGAUCUCAAAACUUUCAUCGAGCGGAAACAGUGUCGGCGCUGCUGCUCUGGUCUCAUCUGCAACGUUUCGUGCUGGACUUUACUGUUCGAGAUGGAACCGGGUACGGGUUAUCCGGCGAGGACACACUACGUCAAAGCGUAUGAUGAGCUGGCUCUCCUGCUGCUAGAGACAAGCAUAUUGAGCGCUUGCCGUGAGAAACAUGUGAAACAGCGGUUCAGACUCGGAUUCCUCAAGCGUUUUGGCGACGGCCGCUAUCGUAUUGAUAAAUUGACCGAUAGAAGAUACGGCCCGGAAGAAUGCACGGAACAGACCUUGCGCGAAAUGAGUGACGAGGCUGACGCGGAUGGUCGACUUCGUGCAUUUAGACCGUUUCCGGAUGCUGGCAGCGACAAUAUCGAAACUGUACGGGAUCGGUCAACCCUUCUCGGAAAAGAACUGAAGCCGCUCACGACGGCUUUGCGUCGCCAGCCAGUUGAUUUCAGGCAGUUUGCGGACAAGUUUACGACAGACAAAGAUGCGAGCCAAUACAAAACACAAGAAGAACAGAGUGGUUUCGGCAGCAUGGCGACUUUCAGAUACACCUGA